UUUUUAUCGGGUAUUCCUUUGUGGCCUUCAUAUUCGUUUCGUUGGGACGUUUUUCAUAUUUGUUUCCAGCGCUCUUUUAUUGGAUUCAUCUAAUUGUUUAAAUUGAUUAAUAUAAAGUGGAUGAUGGUGGCGUUUUAGAAUUCUAAUUAACCUAAUUAACAAUAACGACAUUUAUAUUUGUUUUUGUUUUAAAACAAUUGUUAUUUGUGGUAUUUGUCCAAAAAAUUCUUUGAAAAAGUGGCGUUGUUUGCGAACGCAUACUAACACAAACGCACACACGCAUCAUUUUACUCAAUAGGAAAAAUGAACCACCAAAGGAAUUGGGGAGAAAAUAUCAACGAAUAUGAAGUCCUGCAUUUAUUGGGAAAAGGAGGAUUUGCUAGUGUGUAUAAAGCACGAUGCCUCAGGAGCAACCAGUAUGUCGCUAUUAAAAUGAUUGACAAAAAACUUAUCCAUGGCGCCGCCAUGGCUGACAGAGUGCGUCAGGAAGUCGAAAUACAUUCACGCUUGAAACAUCCAUCGGUAUUGGAACUGUACACAUUUUUCCAAGACGAGCAUUAUGUGUAUUUGGUGCUUGAGUUGGCACAUAAUGGUGAACUUCAACGUUAUAUGAAGUCGAUAAUGGGCCGCCCAAUGACCGAGGGAGAGGCUGCUGCAAUAUUAAAGCAGGUUGUUGCUGGGCUUCUCUAUCUGCAUUCGCAUAGCAUUAUGCAUCGCGAUAUUUCUUUGUCAAAUCUUCUGCUUUCCAAAGACAUGCACAUCAAGAUAGCUGACUUUGGUUUAGCCACACAACUGAAGCAACCAAACGAACGUCAUGUAACUAUGUGUGGCACUCCGAAUUAUAUUUCUCCUGAAGUAGUUUCACGAUCGUCACACGGUCUUCCUGCCGAUGUUUGGGGUCUUGGAUGUAUGUUUUACACUUUACUUGUUGGACAACCGCCAUUUGAUACUGAUGCAGUGCAGGCCACUUUAAACAGAGUUGUUAUGUCGGACUAUCAAAUUCCAUCGCAUAUAUCUUUUGAUGCUAAAGAUUUAAUCAAACAGCUCCUCAGGAAAAAGCCAGAAGAACGUAUCAGCCUUCAGCAGGUUUGAAACAUCCAUUUAUGU